AUGCCUGAUUCCUUGAAAUUGAAAUAUUUGAUGGCUGGAAUUAAGGAAUCAUUGGGAACACGUGUUGCGUUACAAGAUCCGAAAUCAACUGAAGCAUUCUUAUCAUUAGCACGAAAAAUUGAAGAUAUUUUUGCACUCAAACAAACCGAUCUUGAGACUAGCGCAAAUAAUACCUGUUUGAAUGUAACCGCUUAUCACAGUCAACCAAAUCAAACGAACUUCACACCAGCGUCGAACAAUAAUUUUCGUCAAAGCAACCCUCGAUAUUCAACCGCAUCCAAAAAUCGUCUAAUGUAUAAUCGAAACACAUCAAAUGGAUACAAUGGCAACCGGCAAAGCAAAUCUUCGAAGUAUACAAAGUCAACACAACGAUCGAAUGCAUGUUUUAACUGCGCACCGGUCGAUGGUGUUGCUUUCACGAAUUUAUAUAGCAAUCCAUCGACGUUAAACACAUCACUGCUUUACCUUGAUGUUCUUGUAAAUAAUAAACGANCGGUCGAUGGUGUUGCUUCCACGAAUUUAUAUAGCAAUCCAUCGACGUUAAACACAUCAUUGCUUUACCUUGAUGUUCUUGUAAAUAAUAAACAAAUGAAAGCAAUGAUUGAUACUGGCGCGAACCGAACAUUUAUUUCAUUACAAGCACUACCUAGACCACACACUCAACAAUUUAUCGAUAAACAACAGAGAAGUGCAUCUUUAGCUGACGGACACACAUCACUUUCUAUUUUAGGCACAUUAGAAUUAAGCAUUGAUAUCGGUGACAUGUCAACAAUUAUCAAAGGAUAUGUCAAACUCAUUAUCAAUGCUGAUGAACGAACGGUGACAAUGCAUGAUGAUGAUAAAUGCAUUACAACGACAUUUGAUGUUAAUCAACGCAAAAUUCGUUACCCAGCACGAACAAUUCGUCAGGUCUAUAUUCCACCGAAACGAGCAGUCUCAAUACCAGUCAACGUGAAAAUAUCGUCAGCCAAAGUUUUAUUUCGACCAUCCUUUCGAUUGGCGCGACAAUCACCAAUGAUAUUGUUAAACAACAUGGUCGUGGUGAAUCACCAAAAGUCACACAUUUCACUUUACAAUCCGACUAAAUAUUCGUACACGAUACCUGAGGGCAUCGUAGUAGGAACGACCACAGUUCCAACACUAUCUUUCAACAAAUGCUUAUCGAUCGAUCACGAAUUAGUCAACGGAUAUAUUACAAAGUUGACUCGACACGUUGCAGAUCCGAAACAAGCAGAUGAAAUUAAAAAUAUCCUUCACCACCACGAGAAACUCUUCGACACAAGCAAACCUGCGAAUGCUGUUAAUGUCAAACCACAUGAAAUCAAGACACUUGAUUAUCCUCCACCAACAUCACGACCAUACUAUUCAACGCCGCGAAAAGAAGAAGAAAUGUACAACAUCGUCCAAGACCUAUUGGAACACGGUCUGAUUCGGAAAUCAUACUCUCCAUUUGCAGCACCAGCAUUACUGGUCCCCAAACACGAUAGAACAUGGCGAAUGGUUGUCGAUUACAAGAAAUUGAACAACAUAACAAUCAAGGACAAUCAUUCGUUACCAAACAUGGAACAAAAGAUACGACGAUUGGGUAGAUCACAGCUGAACGAUUAUACGAAUGGAACGUGUUAG